AUGUCUUCGUUUUUCCAAUCCUUCUUAAAUCCAAGGAAGAAUUGGCUCGCUGCACUACACAUGAAAACGGCUUCCAAUCGUCUGAGGAAAUACGGUCUCCGAUACGACGACCUGUAUGAUCCUCUGGAAGAUCUGGACAUCAAGGAAGCACUGGCACGUCUUCCUUGUGAAAUUGUCGAUGCGAGGAAUGCUCGCCUUAAGCGCCCCAUUGAUCUUUCCAUGAAACACGAGUACCUUCCUGAAGAUAUGCAGGCAGUUCAGAGCCCAUUUAGGUACUAUCUUCAAGAUAUGCUGGCAAUUGUGAAGAAAAAGAGAGCAGAACACUAGGGUUUAUGUUGGUCGAACAGAUCACCUUCGAAGAAGAAGAUGAGAGCUCAGAAUUGACCUUCUUCCUCGAUUCAACGACUUCAGAUCAAAUUCUUGGCCGAUAAUAGAAAUAUAUGGAUCUGGGUUUUGUAGCUGGAAUUGAAGAGAUCGAAGAAACGGAUGGUUUUGAAAUGGACUGAUGAAUCAUUUUUAAUA